AUGUUAUGUUGCAGUGGAACAGGACUCAGUUCUGAUUAUUUUGAGAAGCAGCAUGUCCCCAGGAUAAUCCGGGACCAAACGGCAGUUGUGAUGAAAGUGAUGGCAGUUUCUAUAAAUGAAAUAUGCGAGAGUACGAAAUUAGCCAGGGAAAUGGCUGUGAUGGGAAAUUAUGAAUCUUCAAGUGUUUAUUACCAAGGAGUUAUUCAACAAAUCCACAAAUUGUUGUUAUCAAUUUUGGAUGAAACUAGAAGAAGUAAAUGGCAGCUGGUGCAGCACCAAAUUGCUCAAGAAUAUGAGAAGCUUGUAAUAAAUAUCCAAACCCUUGAACUAUUUAAAAGAGAUCAUAGGGAUAAUCGACCGAUCGGGAUUCCUGUGAGAAGUCCCCUGCCUUAUGAAGAACCUACAAGGGAUCCUGUGAUGUGGCUUGGUACUCCUAAGGAUGUAUGGGCUCCACCACCUGAUCGGGACCCUGAUGUAUGGCCUCCACCUACACCCGUUGAUCACAACAGGACACCUGUUAAUAAAAGGUUACCAGCAAAGAAACCCGAUACUUCCAAACCUGGAGCAAAGAAUGCUGUUAACAAAACAAAUACACUAACCAGGAGAACUGACAAUAAGAUCCUGUCUAGUAAAAAAACCAACGAGAAAGGAAAUAACAAAACUACUGUGCCAAAAAAAGAAACCAAUGGCAAUACUGCUCACACUAAUGGUGAUAAAAGUGAUAAAGAAAAGGAAACACAAGAAAAUAAUGAAACUCCUGAAGAAAGGAGAUUCGACCCUAGUGGUUAUGAUCACGACCUGGUGGAAAUGUUAGAGAGGGAUAUCGUCCAAAAGAACCCAAAUAUCAGGUGGGAUGAUAUAGCCGAUCUGCAUGAAGCCAAAAGGUUACUCGAAGAAGCAGUGGUUUUACCCAUGUGGAUGCCUGACUUUUUCAAGGGAAUUCGUCGACCUUGGAAAGGUGUGCUUAUGGUUGGUCCUCCCGGUACCGGGAAGACCAUGCUGGCAAAGGCUGUUGCUACUGAAUGCGGAACGACUUUUUUUAAUGUAUCUUCUUCCACCCUUACCUCUAAGUACAGAGGUGAAUCAGAGAAACUAGUCAGGCUUUUGUUUGAAAUGGCACGAUUUUAUGCACCUUCAACAAUCUUUAUAGAUGAGAUUGAUUCACUAUGUUCCCGUAGAGGUUCAGAGUCUGAACACGAAGCUUCUAGGAGAGUAAAGUCUGAACUACUCGUCCAAAUGGACGGUAUUAGCUCUAACAGUGAUGAUCAGGGAAGGGUAGUCAUGGUAUUAGCUGCAACUAACUUCCCGUGGGAUAUCGAUGAAGCAUUAAGGAGAAGAUUGGAAAAGAGGAUCUACAUUCCCCUACCUAACAAUGCUGGCCGUGAAGCAUUGUUGAGGAUAAAUUUACGUGAAGUCAAAGUUGAGGACGGUGUUGAUAUGGAAGAGAUUGCUGGAAGACUGAGUGGCUAUUCAGGAGCUGACAUUACAAAUGUCUGUCGUGAUGCAUCGAUGAUGUCAAUGAGGAGAAAAAUAGCUGGCCUACGACCGGACCAGAUAAAGCAACUUGCCAAAGAAGACCUAGAUCUUCCUGUUUCAAAACAAGAUUUCCUAGAUGCCAUCGCCAAGUGUAAUAAAUCCGUUUCAAGAGAAGACCUUGAAAAGUAUGAUAAGUGGAUGGCGGAAUUCGGAUCUUCGUGA